AUGAUCCCGCGCUCACUGUUACUGUUACGCGGAGUGCGCUCGCAGCCCUCUACACGCCUCUCACCUACAUUCCCCUCAUUCACACCCAUGUCCAAACGUCACUACGGCCAAAGCCGCCCCGUGCCAGCCACAUUCUACCGCGGCGGCACAUCAAAGGCGCUCCUCUUCAACGACGCCGACCUGCCCCCCUCCCGAGAAGAGAGGGACGCGCUCUUCCUCUCAGCGAUGGGGAGUCCGGACCCCAAUGGGCGGCAGCUCGACGGCAUGGGCGGGGGAUACUCGAGCGUCUCCAAGGUCGCGGUUGUGGGCAAGAGUGAACAGGGAGGGGCCGAUGUGGAUUACACCUUUUGCCAGGUUCGGGUGGAUGAGCCGGUUGUCGACUAUGCGGGGAAUUGCGGGAAUAUGCUUGCUGCCGUCGGUCCCUUCGCGCUCGAAACGGGUCUCGUCCCCCCUCAUCCAACAGAGAGGGGUAACCUCGUCCGCAUCUUCAACACGAACACAUCUAAACUGAUCCACGCCCUGUUCCCUGCCGACGGCACUCGGCCCCUGCUAUCGGGGGGAUACACCAUCGACGGUGUGUCGGGGAGUCAUGCGCGGAUCUCCCUCGAGUUCCUGAAUCCGCACGGGAGCCGGACUGGCCGAUUCCUCCCCACUGGCCAUGUGGUGGACACGCUGGAUCUGGGGGAGUGGGGCGUUGUGCAGGCCAGUUUGGUCGAUUGCGGAAACCCGUGUGCGUUCGUUUUGGCCUCGGACGUCGGGAUGAGCGGUACGGAGACGCCCGCAGAGAUCAAGGGAGACGUGCUGGCGAAACUGAACGCGCUGAGGAACGCGGCGAGUGUCGCUAUGGGCCUCACUGGUACUAUGGCCGAGGCAGACAAGAAGCGGAGCGUGCCCAAGGUCGUCGUUUUGAGCCCUCCCUCCGAACACGCAGUGCUCAGCGGCGCCGUCCUCGGACGAGAGGACACGGACGUCGUCUGUCGCUGUAUCUCGGCGGGCGACCCGCAUCGCGCGCUCCCCAUUACGGCUGCGCUGUGUACGGCCGCCGCGGCACAGGUGCCUGGAACGCUUGUCGCAAAAGUUGCGCGGAGGGGAGACGACGGGAUCGUGAUUGGGCAUGCUAGUGGGACUAUAGCUGUUGAUGCGCGGGUCGAGCAGACCCCGCAGGGGUGGGAAGUGCCGAGUGCGAGUGUGUUUCGGACGGCGCGAAAGUUGUUCGAGGGCAAUGUGUUUGUCGACGAGGUCGAGGAGCUUGACCCAUAG